AUGUACACAGCCAAUGGGAGGCUCUUUGAGGUAGCAUUGGUGUACCUCAGCACGACGAUCUUCAGCGAACUGCUGAGGAUGUCCCAGGAGGCGUUUGGCUUCGCAAGCGAUGACAAGAUCACACUGCCUUGUGAUGCCGGAGUGAUGGAGUAUGUCAUGUGCUUGCUCAGGCGAAAUGCCUCCGUCGAAGUCGAGAACGCACUGCUGAUCUCCAUGGUGACAUCUUGUCACUACACUGGUUGCGCAAUUCCAACUGUUGGAGCCAGCAAGCAAAUUAGUUGUUUGUAG